CCCGUCGCACCCCAUUCUUUCCAUCAAACCAACAAGUUCAGAAACUCCAAAUUUCUUGAUUUCUCCUCUUCUCACCUACCCGCGACCGGAAAAUGUAUGCUCAGGGGCCAAUCCCCGAUGCCGCCGACGUCUCCCUCCUCGAAUCCAUCCGCCACCAUUUGCUCGAUGAUUCGAACCCCUUCGACUUCCCCUCGAGCUUACCUCCUUCCACUGCCGGCGGCCUCCCAUUCCGUCCCGACGACUCCGACGACAUGCUCCUCUACGCCUUCGUCCAACACGCCUUCCGGCCUCCGGCGGUGGCCGUCAAGAUAGAGCAGGCACCGCCUCCGCCGACGCCGGCGGAGUUGCUGGCAGCGCCGGCGAGGGGGCGGCACUACAGAGGAGUGCGGCGGCGGCCGUGGGGGAAGUUCGCGGCGGAGAUCAGGGAUCCGGCGAAGAAUGGGGCGAGGGUCUGGCUGGGGACCUUCGAGACGGCGGAGGACGCGGCGCUCGCCUACGACCGCGCCGCCUUCCGGAUGCGCGGUUCCCGCGCGCUCCUCAACUUCCCACUCUUGGUCGGGUCCCACGACGCCGCUCCGGCCCCGGCUAAGAGGGCCUCGUCGGAUCUGCCGGGCACCCCCUCGUCGUCGCCCAAGAGAAGGAAGAGAGGGGCGGCCUCGGCCGGCCCGGUUUGUUCUCCGGCUCCGGCGCCGGUUCAAGUUUCCUCUCCGGCCCCGGCCGGCUUUGGGUCCGCGUUCUCCGGACCGGGCUCGCAGCAGACGAGCGUCAGCGUGGAUAAGCUUUGGGUUAGCUAUUAGUGGGAAUGGGUGAGACAAGCCAAUUAAGACCGUUUGCUUUUGUUUCUCAGUGUUGUUGUAGGAUUUUCCUUUAGAGUGCAAAAUAAAGCAGAGAGGUCAGAAGGAUUUGUUCGAUUUGUUUACAUUUGUGAAUAAUAUAUGCACGCAUUGUUCUUCAUUCUUUACAAAUGUGAAAGAAAUAAUUGAGAAUU